CAUGUUAUAAAUAUACCCAACAUAGCUGCGUAAGCUAUUUACUCUAGGUUUCCAAAAUGCUUGUACAACUCUUAAUAAGCGUGUUGGUUUCCUGUUGUUUUCUGUUAGUUGGCAUUAUAGGGCAAAAUAUUUUGGGGCGCAUAGAAGUAUGCAAGGUGGUAUUCGGUGGCUGCAAACAUUUCACUUCUCGGAAGACUGAUUGCUUGGCCGAUACAGUGCGACAAUACGCCAAUGCGAGCGCGAGAAGAGCGCUUACGUUCGUUAGGAUUGACCCGCCGACAUUCCCUAUUCCGAAAGGAUACUAUAAAGCGGAGAAUUACUUGGCGAACAUGAGCAAAGUUUUCAAAGAAUGCGUGUAUGGGGAAUUUAAGGCGGACUGUUACUUAGUGAAAGACGGGAUGGAUUUGGCGUGCCUACGGCUGUACCUCAAGUACGAACCAGUCGACAACUAUUACGACGACGAUUAAUAGUAUGGGAAAUUUUACAUGGCAGCGCGGCGGAGAGAUUGAUUGAAAAUGAAAGAUGAGACAGACUUAGAACACUCACAUUUUAUUAAGUACAUAAUUAAGCUACACGUGUUAAUCGGUAGACGGAUUGAGACGGAGAGAAUA